ACCUCGAGAGACAGGGAACAGUGAAUGCCGCGGAAGAGCCGUGCUUGUACAUUAUUGACACUAACUUUAUGUUGUAACCAGUCGCAUGGAAUCUGAAUCUGAAUAAUAUCAUGUCACAUGCACAUUUUAACAUACAAUUACGUCUUAUUAUUGACUACCAUCGACACAACACAGAAGGCUACAGUUUCCCGUUUACUCGCAUAAAGUAAAAUAUCAAAGUAAAAUAAAACAUAAAUGGAGAGCAGAACCACAACGCCGAUGAUGUUUGAUGAAUUCGCAUUGAAACAUGGUGGAAUGUUAGCAACUAAUGGACACUCCCUCUACAAAAGCCGGGACGUGAUUAUGGACUGCUUAGAUCAUAUACUUGAGUGUACGCACACCUCACAACAUCCGAUCACAAUUGCUGAUGUCGGGACGUCUGAUGGAUCUACAUCAGCGGCGCUUCUAAAUGAAGUCAUUGGAAAGAUCCAAUGUCACACUGGAAAAUCUCGUCAGCUUAUGAUUUACUACACAGAUCAACAGACGAAUGAUUUCAACAGAAUGUUCAAUGUCAUAAACGCCGGUCUAAAUAUUGGCCCAAAGGUGUUCUGUGCUGCUGUUGGAAGGACGAUGUUCGAGCAAUGCUUACCAGAUAAAUCAACUGAUCUGAUCUUUUCAGCUAUUGCAACGUUUUAUUUGUCAAAAAGCCCCUGCAAGAUUCAAGAUGGCCUUAACCCAACCAAGGAGAAUUCAAAAGAAAUGGACGCCUUUAAUUCCCAGGCAGCCUCAGACUGGAAAACAUUUUUGGUAAUGCGGGGACGGGAACUUCGCCCAGGAGGAUACCUGGUGGUACUGAGUAUUGGAACUACGAAACAAGGAGAGGUGUCAGUGCCUAUAAAAGGUGGAUAUAAUACUCUGUCGCAUGUAAUACGAAAUUUGCUGGCAGACGACAUUAUUACUAAGGAGGAGUUCCUAGACUGUAAUCUAAAUGCUGAAUUGUACAGAACAGAGGAGGCCUAUGCCUUACCGUUCAGAGACAAUGCCAAGGACCUGUCAGAAACAGGUUUGGAACUGGUUUCUACGCGAUCAUUUGUUCACAAACUGGAUCAUCCUUCCUUUGCUGUAUACAACAAAGAUGAUGCCACCAAAAAGGUGUACGCAGACAGAAUCGUUGCUGGAAUCAAGCCAUGGCUGUAUGGUUAUAUCUACAACGGGUUAUCAUGCACGAGAUCCCAACAGGAAAGAGAAAGCCUGGUUGAAAUAUAUUUCUCGAUGUUGUGGGAUUUCGCGUACAAAAACGACAACCAAACUCCACAGCUGGGCUUAAUAGAAGUCGUCGCUAGGAAACGUGUAUGAGAUAGCAUAUGACGUCAUGGACUGGAGACAUUUACAAACAAACUUCUAUAUUAACUUCUUAGAUGGAUAUAAGUCUAGCUCUAGCAUAUUUCUAACACUAAUCAGUACUAUAAAUUGGAUUUACAAAUCAACACGAAUGAGUGGAUUUGUAUCAUAGAUAAGUAAUACUUGCUACAUUAUAUCUUAUUAUGUAAAUCAACAUAUCUUGCAAACGUUUAUCGUUUGUUUGUAAGCAGCCAGAAGAUAAGGAUAGGGCGAUGAAGAGAAAUGCAUGAUGUUUCGAAUUUAGAAACAGUUUCGUUUUUCUGGUAUUUGGUGAUGCUAUAAUUUGUAUAGAAAUAUUUUUAGCUUUCUGCAGGUAGAUUUGACUGACCCUGCGUCCGAGCAAGCAGUUUAUUAAUUUGAAUUGAUAUGUAAUCAAAUCUGAACAGCCAAUCAAUUAUCUGUUAUAGACCUCAUUCUACAUAUAAAUAGAAAAGUGUUACAGACUUCGACCUUUAAAUAGAAAAGAGUUACAGACUUCGACCUAUAACUAGAAAAGUGUUACAUACUUCGACCUAUAACUAGAAAAGUGUUACAGACUUCGACCUAUCAAUAGAAAAGUGUUACAGACUUCGACCUAUCAAUAGAAAAGUGUUACAGACUUCGACCUAUCAAUCGAAAGUGUUACAGACCGUUACUAAAAAAUAUGCCUAUGUAAUUUCCUAGCCAGUCUGUAAAUCUCAACUACAAAUGAAUUAUCUCAACAAAUUCUAAACUAUGUGAUCAUAUUGAUGAUAUCGAUUGUGCAAAUGAUAUGCACUUAAAAUUAAAUAUCACAUGAAUUGAA